UACGGGCUUGCAGCUUUCAAUCAAGGAGAUUGCAAUAACAAUUGCGAACUUUUGCAGGUGUCAAAUAAAAUCAUCCCUUUUGUAGAGGUUGUAGAACAGGGAAUCCAAUGCCUCUCCUAAAGAGAACCACUUUCCCCUUACUGGAGCCACCGGAGAACUUGGAUCCUAAUGAGAAGCUGUUCCAAAUUAGGUUCACUAAGGAGAUAUUCCGAGAUUAUCAGAAAUACCUGAAUAGGCUCAACCUCUAUCGUCAAAAGGUCUGGACUUGUGAAGUGUCUGGAAAGUCUAAUCUUACCUAUGAGGAAGCUUUGGUCUGUGAAAAACAAGCUGCAGUGAAGGCUCAACAGUUGCCAAAAGAGCUGAUAGCUCCUGUUCUCCGGAUGAUUCAACAAUACAGAACUCUUAGCUUUACUGAUCUUCUAGAGAAAGUAUACAGUAGCCUGCAAUUGGAUCCUUUUGAAGGGCUAGAAUUACAUGCUAUGAAAGAUGGUUCUGAGGCUGCUUGCAAGAUCUUGAAGGUUAUAGGUUCUGGUAGCACCAAAUUGUGCGAGGUGGGUUGGCUUGGUCAAGACAAUGCAGUAGUCAACACUUCACUGGUUAAAGCUGAUGAUCUAAUUUGCAAGAAGGCACCUGCUAGCCGUAAGACACUGAAAAUUUUUAUUAGGGAUUCAACAUCAAAAAGGUGUCCAUGGAUAGUAAAUGUAGAUCUUGCAAAGAAAUAUGGGAUAGAAAUUGAGCCCCCAGAAGACAUUAUGAAUGGUGAAGGUUUGUACAAAGGGAGGAAACGAUUUGCAAAUGGAGAAGGUGCCAGCAAAAAGUUGAAGAAAGAUGAGAAGCUAGUGGAAUUGCCAGUUAAAUAUCCAAUUGAUGAUCUUUUAGUAAAGCCUGCAACAGAUGAUCCUGUUUUGUCAAAGAGACCUCCACUAUCUAGAGAUUUUAGAGUGCCUAUAAAUUCUGUGGGAGAUCUCCUUAUGGUAUGGGACUUCUGUUCGUCGUUUGGGAGGCUUCUAUGCUUGUCACCAUUUUCCCUCUCAGAUCUGGAGAAUGCAAUUUGCAACAAAGAAAGCAACCUUAUUCUUGUGGUGGAAAUACAUGCUGCACUUUUCCACUUGCUCAUUAAAGAUGAAGGUGAAUAUUUUACAUUUCUCCUGAACAAGAAAAAGAUACUAAAGGUAACUUUAGUCACCUGGGCUGAGUAUCUAUGCAAUUUCUUGGAGAUGAUAAGGAAAGAAGAAUUCUCCAGUAAGGUGUCAACGAUACGAAGGGGUCAUUAUGGUCUUCUUGACACUGGCCUGAAGCUUAAAAUUCUAAGGGAACUGGUAGAGGAAGCCAUUACAACUUCUGCUGUACGAGAGAAAUUAAAUGAAUGGAUUGACCAGCAACAAGCACUUGCAGCUGCAAAAAGGGAGGACACUAGAAAGAAUAGGGAAGAGCAGAAGCUUAAUAUGGAAGGGAUGCCAGAAAAUGAAAGAAAUCACACAGAUACUUUACAAAACGAUAAGGAGUGUCCUGGGAUUCAGCGUGGGGGGAAAGAGGAAAAGGGCUUGAACAUUCUUUUGUCCAGCAAGACUGGAGAUGGGAAAAUGUUUCUUAGAAGACACCUCGAAACUGAAAUGGAGCAACAAUCUGUACGAUCCAGCCAUCUUGGAAAGGACAGAUUGUACAAUAGGUAUUGGUUUUUUAGGCGUGAAGGGAGACUUUUUGUUGAAAGUGCAGAUUCCGAAGAUUGGGGUUACUACAGCAGUAAGGAAGAGCUUGAUGCACUUCUUGGAUCAUUCAACAUCAAAGGCAUAAGGGAGAGAGCGCUUAAACAUCAGCUUGAGAAGUCUUAUGAUAAGAUAAGUAAUGCUUUGGAAAAGAGAUCAAAGGACGCCGAGCGGAAAACGUUACUUGAAGAGGCUGACUUGCGGCGCUCCACUCGUGUACAUGCCCAACCAAAAGAGGAUGACCCUUCCAUGUCAUUCCUCAAGUAUAUCAACAAAUGGAAGCAAAAAUGAACAAGAAGUUACUAGGGUUGUCCUUUCUUCAUGGUCUACUCUUUAAUGGUCCAAUUUGAUACCUUGACGCGCCAAAAUUAGUAUCCGCCAUUUGGGAGAUUUUGGAAGCUGAACCAAAGGUUCUUGAUUUUGAGCUAUUUGUUCGACUUUUAAGCAGAUCAAAGUCAAAGCUGCAUGCUAAUUGGUGUCGUUCUUGUAAAAGUUACUAUUACAUAGUUUCGUUUUCUUCUUACAGAUGGCUACAUUUAAUCGAACUGGUAGUUGGGCGAGUUCA